UGUGCGUUCACGCACGGGCAUGCAUUUUCAAACACGUGUUUUUUUUUAUAAAAUAGGCCAAAACACCGACUAUUUUCUAAAAUGAUUAUUAAUAGUGAUUUACGUGAAUGUUUAUUAGGAUUUGUAAAUAUCAACGAACAACUACAAAUCGUUGCCAAGAGUUUAGAAGCGAAUAAGAAGCUUAAGCAGACUAAAAAGUUGGAGUUACUGUUUAACUAUAUUGCGACUGAUUUAUUCUUGGAUCCUUUACAAUUCAACGAUGUAUUUAAUCAUUUUUCGAAGCACAUUUCCCUGCUGUUACAGAGGUUAUUGUUUUCGAAAAGAAACGAUGAAAGAAGCGUUAUUAUUUUAAAAACGAUCUUAUUAGGCAGAUUGAUUAGCAAACGAAAUGAUUUACAGGGGUUCGCUUUGAAAUAUUUUUCCCAGCAUCCUUCAGUAUUCGAAUCAUUAGAAAUUGACGAAAGCAGUUCAAAAAAAUCCAAAACCGAAAAAAUUCGCCACACCGAUUUACAAUUCGUCGAAUCUUGUUUCAAUCUAUUAAUAAGCAAUGCAGACUUUUACAGGAAUAAAUGGAAUUGGUCCAUAUUUCUCAAGAAAUAUUUCGACCACCAAGAUAAAAGAAUCGAAUGGCAUUGCUGUCACAUAGUUGCGAUUCUCUUUGGAAUGAGCGAGAAUGUAACUAAAAAAAUUAUUCUAAAUAAACUACCCGAGGAAUUAAAUAUACAAUUCACGUGCAUUUUCAACUUAAAAGGAUCUCUCGAUGACAAUCGAGACACGCCAACCGUGAAUUUGAAUCCCGUUUGUAGCAAACCCGAUGGUGAUGUGGAAGAUCUCGCCGAUUUUUCCGGCAUUUCCAUACCCAUUGUAUCGAAGUCUUCGAAUAUUAAGACUGCUCUAGUAGAAGUGCCAUCAACAGUUAACAAUCUAGCUAAAAUCGCCCUGGGACUCUCCUUAAAUAAAGCUGUUUGCUUGCAAGGCCCAGUUGGAUCAGGCAAGUGCAAAACAACGCUGGUGGAAUAUUUCGCCGAAAAAGUCGGACGAAACUUGGGCGAGAAUUUCGUCAAAGUUCAAUUAGGAGAUCAAACCGACAGUAAAAUGCUGUUGGGAACUUACAGGUGUACCGAUGUCCCGGGGGAAUUCGUCUGGCAACCCGGAUUUUCCAAACAGGCAGUAUUAGAAGGUAAUUGGUUGCUUCUGGAAGACAUAGAUUCGGCCAGUAUGGACAUCGCUUCGAUGCUGACCAGUUUACUCGAAAACAAUUCUCUAACGGUUCCAGGCUACAGGGAUUCCGUACCGGUUACACCAGGAUUUCAAUUAUUCGUUACACACAGAUUCGUAUCGACGAUAUCGGGCCACCAUAAGAAACAUUCCAACUCGAUGUCGCUGUUGGAAAAACACCUCCUGCAAAUCAACAUCGAUCCUCUUACCGCAGAGGAAUUGAAGCGAAUCAUAGUCGCGAAAUACCCUGCUUUCGAAACCACAUCCGAUCGACUAGUCAAUGUCUUCCUGUUAUUCAAUCAAGAUGGGUUCGAUCCUGCUACGAUGAGAGUACCGCGAAGCGGCAGGCAAAUCUCCACGAGGGAUUUCUUCAAAUGGUGCGCCCGAGCUAUCAUCGAUUUCGACGUCAAGAGCCAAUCCAGCGCUCUGAAAGUCCUCCAAGACGCCAUCGACGUCUUCUGUUGCUCCUACUCGAACCAAUCGGACGCUUUGGAAUUGGCCAAGGAAAUCGCCACCCAAUUGGGCAUCGUCAAUCACAAAGCGGACUAUUUCUUCAAGGACUACAAGCCCUCGAUGCAACUCACACCGGAACAUUUAGUGGCCGGUCGGGCGGUGUUGGCUAGAAAUAACAGCGAAUUCGCGAAGCCGGUGAAAUUUUCGUACACCAGACAGUCGUCGGUGUUGCUCGAGAGGAUCAUGUGUUGCGUGAAACUGAAAGAACCGGUGUUGUUGGUGGGUGAAACGGGUACCGGAAAGACCUCUUGCGUUCAAUGCUUGGCUCAUACCAUUGGACAGAAAUUGGUGGUGAUCAACAUGAACCAGCAGUCCGAUUCGGCCGAUUUAUUGGGAGGAUUCAAACCGGUCGAUUUGAAGCAUGUAAUAGCGCCGAUCAGGAGGGAAUUCGAGCUGGUAUUCGGCGAUUAUUUCAAAGUGGAACCCAACAGGAAGUACCUGAGCAACUUGGCGUUGUGCUUCAACAGCCAGAGAUGGUCGGAUUUGGUGAAGCUGAUGUCGGUGAGUUGCGAAGCGGCUAAAACCAGAUUAUCGAAGUCCUUGGGAAGUUACGAGGAGUUGAAAAUCGAAGGGACUAUCGAUAGGUACGACAAGGAGAAAGGUUUCUUGCGAAGGUGGAAGAGCGUGGGCGAGAAAUUGAAGAAACUAGAGGUGCAAUUGAAGCACACCAACGCCCUGGCGUUCGCUUUCAUCGAAGGUACUCUGGUGAAAGCGGUCGAGAAAGGCCACUGGGUGUUGUUGGACGAGAUCAAUUUAGCCAACGCCGAAACGUUGGAAUGUUUAUCCGGGUUGUUAGAAGGCUCUCGAGGUUCGUUGUGUUUGUUGGAAAGAGGCGAUAAAACUCCGGUGAAACGACACCCGAAUUUCACCCUAUUCGCCUGCAUGAAUCCUUCGACGGACGUCGGUAAGAAAGAUUUACCGGCGGGUCUUCGAAACCGCUUCACCGAGUUCUUCGUCGAAGAGCUCGCCGAACGCGGCGAUUUGCUGUUGCUGGUGAACAAUUACUUGGAGGCCAUGUCGAUCAAACGGAAGGAUUUGGAGAGCAUCGUCGAGUUCUACUUGAAGGUUCGAAAGGAGACCGUUUCGAGUCUAUCGGACGGGCUCGGCCACAAACCGCACUACUCGUUGAGGUCCUUGUGCAGGGCUCUAAUCGUAGCCUCGAAGAAUCCCUGCGGAACGUUCAAACGGAGCCUCUACGAAGCCUUUUGUCUCAGUUUUUUGACCCAAUUGGAUAGCGAUUCGUACCGGAUCGUCGGAAAUCUGAUCGCUAGUCUUCUAAUCGGAGAUGCGAAGGCGAUCAAAGCGGUUUUGAACAAACCGAUUCCUCAACCGGAAGAUAACCAAUACAUACCGUUCGAAGGUUAUUGGGUGAAGAAAGGCCAAUUAGAACCAACUGUACCCGAAGAUUACAUACUCACGGAAUCUGUGAGGCGAAAUUUAAAGGAUUUAGUAAGGGUAGUAUCGAUCGGAAGAUUACCCGUUCUACUACAGGGUGAUACUUCAGUGGGUAAAACCAGUUUAAUAACGUAUUUAGCGAAAUCGAGCGGUAACAAAUGCGUGAGGAUCAACAACCACGAGCACACCGAUCUGCAGGAGUACGUCGGCUGCUACGUGGCCGAUUCCGAAGGGAAAUUGGCCUUUCGAGAAGGUUUGCUGGUCGAAGCGAUGAGAAAAGGCCAUUGGAUCAUCCUGGACGAAUUGAAUUUGGCCCCGAGCGAUGUGCUCGAAGCGCUCAAUAGAGUGUUGGACGAUAACAGGGAGUUGUUUAUUCCGGAAACGCAGGAAACUGUGAAGGCCGAUCCGAAUUUUAUGUUGUUUGCUACGCAGAAUCCACCUGGUGUGUACGGUGGGAGGAAAAUGUUGUCUAGAGCGUUCAGAAACAGAUUCGUCGAGUUGCAUUUCAACGAAAUACCCCACAAAGAAUUGGAAACCAUCCUCCAUCGGAGAUGCCGAAUGGCUCCGAGUUACGCGAAGAAGAUAAUAAACGUGGUGGCUGAACUGCAGUCGAGGCGCAGGGGAUCGGCCGCCUUUGCAGGCAAACAAGGUUUCAUCACUCUGAGAGAUCUGUUCAGAUGGGGCGAACGGUACAGAUUGGCUCAGAACACCGGAAAACUCUACGACUGGGAUCAGCAUUUGGCCGACGAAGGGUAUUUGGUGUUGGCCGGUAAAGUUAGAAAGUUCGAGGAAAAGCGCGAGAUCAUCGAGGUACUGCAGAAGAACAUGAAACGCGAGGUGAAUCCGGAGAAUCUGUUUACUUUAUCCGCUAAGACUUCGACUGUGACUCGGGGAAUUUUGGAGACGAUCGAAGCGACCAAAGCGAAUCGCAAGAACAUCGUUUGGACCUACAAUAUGAGACAAUUAGCUGUUUUGGUUUCCAAAGCGUUGGAGUUUAAAGAACCGGUGUUAUUAGUAGGAGAAACGGGCGGCGGUAAAACGACCGUAUGCGAAUUGAUCGCUGAAAAUAACGGACAAGAAUUGGUCACCGUGAAUUGUCACAUGCAUACGGAAAGCAGCGAUUUCAUCGGUGGAUUGAGACCCGUCAGAGAUCACUCGAGCGAUUCGACGAAAUUGUUCGAAUGGAUCGAUGGACCUUUGAUCGAAUCCAUGCUGCACGGUCACGUGUUUUUAGCCGAUGAAAUAUCUCUAGCCGACGAUAGUGUAUUAGAAAGAUUGAAUUCAUUAUUGGAGCCCGAGAGGAGCCUGCUGUUGGCCGAAAAGGGCAUAGACAUGAACGAAGCGGACGACGCGGAGCUGGUGGUGGCCCACGAGAGGUUCUUCUUCAUCGGUACGAUGAACCCGGGCGGUGAUUACGGCAAGAAGGAGCUGUCGCCUGCCCUGCGGAAUCGCUUCACCGAAAUCUGGUGCGAGUCGCGCAAAAAUCGACAGGAUUUGGUGGAGAUCGUCGAGCGGAACGUGACGAUCGGCGUGUCGAUGGGCAACCAACAGGACGGUUCAACGGGCGUCGGUGUGAGCAUCGUGGAUUUUUUGGAAUGGUUCGAAAAUACCACUAUCGGUAAAAGAUUUACGAUUAGUAUUCGUGAUAUCCUAACUUGGGUCAACUUUCUGAACGCCUGCCACGGAAAAAUGGAUAUAUCCGAAGCUUAUAUUCACGGUGCUUACCUAACCUUCCUGGAUAGCUUAGGUUCCGGAAUUACAAGCACCGAAAGUUUAAACUCGUUGAACCAAUUCAAAAGCAAAUGUUUGCGGUUCCUCUCCAAUCAAAUAGCGCGCUUAUCAUCUUCCCCUAACAUUCUAAAUCCGGACGACAUGCGGGUGGACGUAGCGGAUGGUAAAUUCGGAAUCAAACCGUUUUUCAUCGAAACGAAUUUAGAUGGCGCCACCGAAACGGAAUUCACUUUCAACGCACCCACCACCCUACACAACACCCUCAGGCUGCUCAGAGGGAUGCAAUUGAACAAAGCCAUUCUACUCGAAGGCAGCCCGGGCGUCGGUAAAACUAGUUUGGUGACCGCCCUGGCCAAAUUCACCGGUCACCAGUUAUACAGGAUCAAUCUAUCAGACCAAACUGACAUCUCCGAUCUAUUCGGCGCCGAUCUACCGGUAGAGGGCGCCGCCGGCGGGCGGUUUUCCUGGCGCGACGGGCCCCUCUUGCAGGCCCUCCGCCACGGCCACUGGAUAUUACUCGACGAGCUCAACCUGGCCUCCCAAUCGGUCCUCGAAGGCCUCAACGCCUGCCUCGACCAUCGCGGCGAGAUAUUCAUCCCCGAAUUGGGCAAAACGUUCCGCGUCCGACCCGGCACCCGGUUCUUCGGUUGCCAGAACCCCGCCAAACAGGGCGGUUCGCGGCGCGGUUUACCGCGAUCGUUCCUCAACCGCUUCAUACAAGUCUACGUGGAUUCGUUGAGCGAGGAAGAUCUGUUGUGUAUAAUCCGAGCGCGAUACCGCGAUUUGCCCGCGAGCUUGUUGCGCAAGAUGGUGGCGUUCAACGCGAAACUCUCGGCGGCCUUGGAUGAACGUUUAUUCGGCCACAAGGGGGCGCCGUGGGAGUGCAACCUGCGCGAUUUGACGCGAUGGUGCGAGGCUAUCGUUUACAAUUCGAGAUAUUCGAAGGGAUAUCAUCCCGAGGACCUCGUGGAGUUGAUUUAUAGCGAUCGGUUGCGCUCGGUGGGCGAUAGAGGGCGCGUUAGAGAGAUGUUUGUAGAGGUGUUUGGGCGUGAAGCGGGCGGUACCGCCCCCGUGGUUUAUUUAUCGAACGAUAGGGUGCGCUUCGGGGAGGUGUUCCUGCGGAGGAACCGGCGCGGGGUGGAUUCGAACGUGGCGAAGCAGGAGAAGACGGCGCUGGUGUUGCGACGGCAGGCGGCUGUGCUCAGGAGCCUGGCGUACUGCGUGAAUUUGAAUUGGAUGGCGAUAUUGGUGGGUGCAUCGGGGGCGGGGAAAAGUGGUGUGGUGAAAACGUUGGCUGAUUUGGCUGGGAAGACGUUGAAGACUUUGCCGGUUACUUCUGCUAUGGAUACGACUGAUAUUUUGGGGGGAUUUGAGCAGGUGAGUUUUUGA